AUGGCCUCUCGACCGCAGAACAUUGGCAUCAAGGCCAUCGAGAUUUACUUCCCCAGCCAGUAUGUUGAGCAGAGCGAGCUCGAGCAGUUCGAUGGCGUCAGCGCCGGCAAGUACACCAUCGGUCUCGGCCAGACCAAGAUGAGCUUCUGCGACGACCGCGAGGACAUCUACUCCCUGGCCCUCACCGUCACCUCCAAGCUGCUCAAGAACUACAACAUCGACCCCAACUCGGUCGGCCGCCUCGAGGUCGGAACCGAGACCCUCCUCGACAAGUCCAAGUCGGUCAAGUCGGUCCUGAUGCAGCUCUUCGGCGACAACACGAACCUCGAGGGCGUCGACACCGUCAACGCCUGCUACGGCGGCACCAACGCCUUCUUCAACAGCGUCAACUGGGUCGAGUCCUCGGCCUGGGACGGCCGUGACGCCAUCGUCGUCGCCGGCGACAUCGCCCUAUACGCCAAGGGCAACGCCCGUCCCACGGGCGGCGCCGGCGCCGUCGCCAUCCUCGUCGGCCCCAACGCCCCCGUCGUCGUCGAGCCCGGCCUGCGAGGCACCUACAUGCAGCACGCCUACGACUUUUACAAGCCCGACCUGACGAGCGAGUACCCCUACGUCGACGGCCACUACUCGGUCAACUGCUACACCAAGGCCCUCGACGCCGCCUACCGCGACUACUGCAGGCGAGAGGCCGCCGGCCCCGUCGCCAACGGCACCGCCAACGGCGUCACCAACGGCGUCACCAACGGCGAGGCCUCCAAGACCUCCAUCGACCGCUUCGACUACAUGGCCUUCCACGCCCCGACCUGCAAGCUCGUCCAAAAGUCGUACGCCCGCCUGCUCUACCACGACUACCUCCACGACGCCGACGCCCCGGCCUUUGCCGAGGUGGCUCCCGAGCUGCGCGACAUGGACUACGAAAAGUCGCUCACCGACAAGGCCGUCGAGAAGACCUUCAUGGCCCUCACCAAGAAGCGCUUCCAGGAGCGCGUCAACCCCUCCAUCCAGGUCGCCACAAACUGCGGCAACAUGUACUGCGCCAGCGUCUGGGGCGGCCUCGCGAGCUUGCUGAGCUUCGUCGACGCCCGGGCGCUCCAGGGAAAGCGCAUCGGCCUCUUCAGCUACGGCUCCGGCCUCGCCUCGAGCUUCAUGUCCUUCCGCGUCGCCGGCAGCGUCGAGAAGAUGGCCGCCGUCCUGAACAUCGGCGCCCGUCUCGACGCUCGCCGCUGCGUGCCCCCGGCCACCUACGACGAGAUGUGCGACCUCCGCAAGCAGGCUCACCUGCAAAAGGACUACACCCCCAAGGGUGACGAGUCCACCAUCGCCCCCGGCGCCUACUACCUGACAAAGGUCGACGACAUGUUCAAGCGCGAGUACGAGGUCAAGGCCUAA